UCUGCGUAUAGGCGUUGCGCGUAAACUGAAUAUUCUAACCCUAAAAUCCCAUACGUAAAUAAACAUUCAAAUUAAAUAAACUUUAAUAAUGCGUAAAUCAUAAAAAAAAUUAUUACUUGAUGAAAAAUGAGUUUGAUUGGUAAAAGGAAAAAGUCAGUGUCAAUUGAUUUAAACAUAAAACUAAAAGCAUUGAAUGAAAUAAAAAAUGGUAUGUCUAAAUCAGCUAUUGCCAAAGACCUUGGUGUUCAUAAAGCUACUAUAUCUUCGUGGAUAAAAAAUGAAAAAUUAAUAAAUGAAUGGCAAGACAAAAAUAAUGGUGAUGUUCCAAAAGGAGUUAAAAGAAUGAAAAAACCUGAUUAUGAAUUAGUUGAUCAAGCCGUAUGGAUAUGGUUCCAAGAACGGCGUCGAGCCGGUUGUCCAAUCACUGGAGUACUUACAAAAGCACAAGCCUUACUUUAUGCAAAAAUGUUAGAUGAUAAAACGGAGUUUACUGCCAGCCAAGGGUGGUUAGAUAAAUGGAAAAAACGUCAUGGUGUCAGAAAAAUUGUGGUCAGUGGAGAAAAACUAUCAGCAAAUCACCAAGCUGCUGAUGAUUAUCAGCAAUCGUUUUCUGAGAUGAUAGCAAAAGAAGAACUCACUGCUGAUCAAAUUUUUAAUUGUGAUGAGUCAGGAUUAAUUUUUCGUAACAUUCCGAGGGUAACAUUAAGUGCAAAAAAUGAAAGUGCUGCGGGAUUCAAAGUACAAAAGGAACGUGUAACAAUCAUGGCGUGUAGUAAUGCUUCAGGAACGUUAAAAUUUCCAAUAGUUCUUAUCGGUAAAUCAAUGAAACCUAGCGCUAUUCAAAAAUUAUCACACAUCCCCGUAUCAUACAAAAGUCAAAAAAGUGCAUGGAUGACAGGACCCUUAUUUGAAAAAUGGUUCUACGACGAAUUUGUUCCUAGGGUUACAGAGUUUUUACAAAGCAAAGGAUUACCAAUAAAAGCAGUUUUAUUUGUUGACAUCUGUGGAUCGCAUCCCCAAAAUUUGAAAAAAGGGGGUAUAAGAGUUGAGUUUUUACCACCUUAUACUACUUCUCUUAUCCAACCCAUGGAUCAGGGAUGCUUACAAAGUCUUAAAAUGAACUACCGAGUGCAUUUAAUGUCAUUCCUUUUGAGUAAACUGGAUGAUGGACUUAGCGUUAUUGAAGCUUUAAAACAAAUUACCAUGAAGGAAGUAAUUUUUUGGGUAUCCGAUGCUUGGAAUGCUGUUUCACAAACAACCAUUAUAAAAUCGUGGAAACAGCUUUGGCCACAGGUAGAAACAAUUUUACGGCAUUUUAUCAACUCCGAAAAAUCUAGUGUCAAUCAAGUGGGUCAAAUUAAUACACAAGACGUCGUAAAAAAUUUUUGCGAAAAAUUCAGUGAAUCAAAUGACCACGAGAAUAAUUUGGCAAUAGUCACUGAAUGGAUGAACACCACUGCGAUGUCUUCAGAAGACUAUUUAACUGAUGAACAAAUUCUCCAAGCUGUCCAAGAUGAUAAAAAUGAAGAUGAUCAAGAUGAAAAUGAAAAUACUACGAAUCGUCAACCACCCGAUUGGAUAGCUCUCAGAGACUCCAUUAACUUUUUAUUAAAUCACUGCGAAGGAAAUCGUCACUAUCAACUUGAUUGGGUGACAACUUUAAAAACUGUUCGUAAAGCUAUCGAAAGUGAAAUGACUAUGUGGGAUGUAAACUUCGAUCAUGUUGUUUUGAAUAAUUCAAAUAACUCGUCUAAUAUUUAAUAAUUUGACUUCAUAAAAUUAUUUCAGCAAUAUUAUUAAUAAUUCGACUGAAUUUUUUAAUUGUGAUAUUACUUGUAUUGAAAUAUCUGUUUGUACUACUUUAUUUAUUCAACUUUUCUUAGAUCUCACUAUAAUUAAUUUAUUAAUAUGAAUAGUUAAUUUUAGAAAAACCUAACCUUUAAAAUUUAAAAACUCGCGGGUCGUUUCGACUGACUCACUCUCUUUUAAGCCGCGCCUUCUAGUAAAAAGAAGGGGUACUUCUACAAUUUUAAUUCCUGGAAUUUUUGGAUUCGUCUCAGUCAAAGUUAGAGAGACUCCACUGUAAUGGUACAUGACAACUUUGAGUGAGCGACUAUGGAUACACUCAAGGACCUUAUUUAAAAAAUUAAUAAUAAUUAAUUAUCAACAUUAUUCUUCAAACUUAAAUUUUAUUCUAAUACUCGAGACUUCAAAAAAUAAUUAUAAAAAAGAAAUAUGGUUUUUCAUUUUAUUUAUUAAUUUAUAUUAAGUGAUUUAAUCCCACUCCAAUGAAAAGUGAGCGGGUAUAGGGGCUUUUACCUUAUAGUAAAUUAAAUGUUUAUAUUUUAAAUAUAUGUACCUACAAGAUAAUAAACGGCAAUUACACGCCAUCUAGCUGAAAUUACAAAAGACAUUAUUAAUAAAACAAUAAAAGUUAAUC